UUGAUUCUCUCUAAAGACCUCAAUUAUUGUCUAGGCCUAGGACUAAAAGGAUCUGAUUAUGAUGAUUAGAUCCUAGAAUUAAGGGUUUUGAUACUUCUUGAUGUAUAUAUAUAUUGUAACUCUCUUAGUGAGAAAUAGACAAAACAUUUCAGAAUUUCUCUUGUAUUAUCUUGUCAUGGUAUCAGAGCCAAAACUCUGAAAUCAAUUCAUCUUGUAUCUAGUUCCUUAUCUGGUUCUUCUAUUCUGUUUUUCUUGGACUUGAUCUCUUGGUUCUUGUUUCUAGUUAAAUCAUGUCUCUGGAACGAUCUGAACAUUUUCUUGUUCGAUUUACUGGAAAGAACUAUUCUGCCUGGGCUUUCCAGUUUUAGAUUUUUGUCAAGGGAAAGGAAUUAUGGGGUCAUAUUGCUGGGACAGUUCCUGCACCUGACAGUGAGCAGGAGAAAGAGAAAUAUGUGAAAUGGGAGGUGAAGGAUGCUCAGAUUAUGUCUUGGAUCCUUGGAAGUAUGGAACACUCCAUGCUUCUCAAUCUCAAGCCUUACAAAUCCUCUAGAGAGAUGUGGGAUUACCUGAAGAAAGUUUACAACCAAAGCAAUACAGCACGAAGAUUCCAAUUGGAACUCGAGUUGGGUCAACUUAGUCAAGGCAGUAUGUCAAUACAAGAGUUUUAUUCUUCCUUUGUAAAUCUUUGGGCUGAGUACACAGAUAUUGUGUAUGCAAGUGUACCUCCUGAAGGACUUAUUGUUAUUCAAAGUGUGCAUGAGACCAGCAAGCGUGAUCAGUUUUUAAUGAAGUUAAGGGGGGAAUUUGAAGCAAUCAGGUCUAACCUGAUGAAUAGACAACCAGUUCCUUUCUUGGAUAUUUGUGUAGGAGAACUUCUCAGGGAAGAACAACGGAUCAUUACACAGGCUGUUUUGGAGCAGAAAGCUCAAACUUCUACUCCAAUUCCUGUUGCAUACACUGCUCAAGGGAGGUCUAAAGGAGGUAGAAAUAUGUCAAAUGUCCAGUGCUAUAGCUGCAAAGGAUUUGGGCACAUUGCCACUACUUGUACUAAAAAAUUCUGCAACUAUUGUAAGAAAACAGGGCAUAUCAUCAAAGACUGCUCCAUCCGGCCUCCAAAGAAAUCUGAAACUGCCUAUAAUGUCUCGGUUGGUUCCUCAAAUACUCCUAGUCCUGGUCAGUCCUCUAUUACCCCUGAAAUGGUCCAACAAAUGAUAGUUUCUGCCCUUUCUGCUUUAGGCCUUUCAGGAUCAAGUGUCCGGGAAGAUGAUCGCGAAGGGACCUAAAGUGGGACGCCUAUUUCCCUUGCUUCUAUCUCCCUCUCCUAUGUCAAAUUAUGUUGCAUGUAAUGUUGUUCAAUGUGAUAAUCAGGUGUGGCAUAGACGUUUAGGACAUCCUAAUUCUCAUGUACUUCGAGUCUUGUUUAAAUCUGGUUUAUUAGGAAAUAAAAAUUUGAUUUCUUCUAAUAA